ACCCAUUUAGUCUUUUGCACCACUAGUGGUGUGGACAUGCCGGGGGCCGACUACCAGCUCACUAAGCUACUUGGGCUUAGUCCAUCAGUUAAGCGAUUCAUGAUGUACCAACAAGGUUGCUUUGGUGGUGGUGCUGUUCUCCGAUUAGCCAAGGACUUGACAGAGAAUAAUAAGGGUGCUCGAGUUCUUGUUGUUUGUGCAGAAAUCACGGUAGUAACCUUCCAUGGCCCAAGUGACACUGAUUUGGAUGUUUUGGUUGGACAAGUCCUAUUUGGAGAUGGGGCUGCUGCAGUCAUUAUUGGAUCAGAUCCAAUUCUAGAGGUGGAAAAACCUUUGUUCGAGCUUGUCUCUGCAACCCAAACUCUUAUCUCCGAUACUAGAUAUGCUGUUUAUGGUAAAACUAGUGAGGUCGGACUGACAUUUCACUUACAUAAGGAUGUAACAAAAUUGAUUUCAAAUAAUGUUGAGAAGAGCCUAACGGAAAUAUUUGACCCUUUGGGCAGUUUUGAUUGGAACUCUUAUCUUCUGGGUAGUUCAUGCAGGUGGACGUGCAAUUUUGGACCAAGUUGAAUUGAAGUUGGGCCUAGAGCCAGAAAAACUUAGGGCGACAAGGCAUGUCCUAAGUGAGUAUGGAAACGUUGCUAGUGCUUGUGUUUUAUUUGUUUUGGAUGAGAUGAGGAAA